AUUUUACAGAGCCAAAACAUUACACACGCACACACACAGGUUAAAUCGCACGCUUUUGGCCCCAAAAACAUGACAUUAAGAUAGUACAAAUUGUUUUUUUUUUGGUUUCUUAUUAAUUUAAUGAUCAAAAGAUCUUGACCUGAUUUAUCAUUGAAAAUCGAUCUUCCAGACUGCAAAGAUGACGCUCUAAUGAAACGAAUCAAAAUGAUGAACUUUAAUUCUAUUCAUUUUCUAAUUAAUUUAUAAUUUAUAAAUAAUCUUAGUCUUCAUAUAUUCUAUUUAUCAUCGUCAGCGUAUACAAUUUCGAUUGAAGAAAUAAGAAAAUGAUGAAAGCUGCAGAAUCUCCAACUACGACUUCUCCCAAUAACAUCCCAAAGAUAAUGGUCUUUCGACCAACUUUGGAAGAGAUGAAAGAUUUUUCCAAAUAUCUCGAAUACAUGGAAUCAAAAGGUGCCCAUCACGGUGGUCUUGCAAAGAUUAUUCCACCACCCGAAUGGAUUCCACGUAAAGCUGGCUAUGAUAAUAUCAAUGUUCAAAUAAAAUGUCCAAUUAAACAAGUGGUCAGCGGUUGUCAAGGCUAUUAUCAACAGUUCAACAUUUCAAAUCGUUCAAUCAGUUUUCGUGAUUUUCAAAAACUAGCCAAUUCGGCCGAUUAUCGAACGCCGGAUUUUUUCGAUUAUGAUGAUCUCGAGCGUAAAUAUUGGAAAAAUAUUACCUAUAAUUCCGCAAUCUAUGGUGCUGAUGUUCCAGGAUCAUUAACAGAUAGUGAUUGCAAGGAAUUCAAUAUCAAUAAUUUAAAUACAAUUUUGGAUCUUAUCAACGAUAGUUAUGGCAUCAAAAUUAUGGGUGUAAAUACGGCCUAUCUAUACUUUGGCAUGUGGAAAUCAUCAUUUGCUUGGCACACAGAAGAUAUGGACCUAUACAGUAUUAACUAUCUACAUUUUGGGGCACCGAAAUCCUGGUAUUGUGUACCACCUGAAUAUGGAAAAAAAUUGGAAAAACUUGCCAAUGAACUAUUUAGUUCACAAUAUCAAGAAUGCCCAGCAUUUUUACGUCACAAAAUGACAAUCAUUUCGCCACAAAUUUUGCGAAAAUAUUCGGUUCCAUAUAAUAAAAUUACACAGGAAAAGGGCGAAUUCAUGAUUACAUUUCCUUACUCAUAUCAUGCGGGAUAUAAUCAUGGAUUAAACUGUGCAGAAUCAACCAAUUUUGCACUACCACGAUGGAUUGAAUAUGGCAAACGUGCCACAAUUUGUCAUUGCCGUGCAGAUACGGUGAAAAUCAAUAUGGACGUUUUUGUCAAAGUUUUUCAAUCAGAUCGGUAUGAUAAUUGGAUUGAAGGUAAAGAUAUUGGACCUGAUCCAAAAGAUCCAACAAAUAUCUGUGCUGCACCAUCGCCAUAUUAUCUUGAAAGUGAAUAUAGCAACAAAAUAAAACCGAAACGGCAACCAUCUUACAAACGACAAUUAAUACAACAAAAUAAAAAUACUCUGAAUCAAUUACUUGCAGAGGAUUAUUGUCCCGAAGACUUUGAAUGUGAGGACAAUGAUGAUUCACCUGAUUAUUGUUAUUAUAAUUUAAAUAAUCGUAACGGUGGUGGUGAGAAAAAUUUCAAAUCACGAAGAAAAAAAUCAAAAUGCUCAACGAAUAAUGAUAAUAAUAAUAGCAACAGCCUCAAUCCUAGCAAUACGGUAAAGAUGAAUGGUUGUGAUCUUAAAAAUGGUGAUGAAGAUGAUGAUAUAAUCAUAAUUGAACCGAAUAAUGAUAAUGAUAAGAAGAAAAAUGCCAAUAACAACAACUUGAUUACUUACGAAAUGGACUACUUUCAUUCGAAUGAGGCUAUAACAUCAUUGGAUCAGCUAUCAAGACGUACCAUUCAAUACACUGAUAAUCCACAAGCAUUUACAGAUGAAAUCAAAUUAAAUUAUUUUGCAUCAUUAAUCGAUCCAUUCUGUUCAAUAUGUACAUUAUUACGAUUGUUUGAAUAUCCACAUCAUGAUUUAUCACGUAUCAGUCUGAAUCUUCGGCCUCCACUUCAUAGUCGUAUUUUGAUACCAAAAUUAUUGUUCAAUUCCAAAGUUAAACAGCAAUCACCAUCAUCCUACUCAUUAGAUGUUAAUGAACAAACAAAUGUGAUUAAUAAUGGCGCUCAUGAUCAACAAUCAAGUUUAGUGACUUGUUCGUCAUGCAAAUUAUGUGUUCAUUUUUCUUGUUAUGGCAUCGAACAAAUGCCAGAUAAUCCACGUGAAUGGCAAUGUGAUCGUUGCAUGUUGGCCGAUUAUGAUGCUGCCUGUUGCCUUUGCCCAUUACGUGGUGGUCCAUUGAAAAAGACUACAUGUAAACAAUGGGCACAUUUAACAUGUUCAUUGGUAAUAACAAAUGUUAAAUUUGAUAACCAAAUUGUUUGGAAUCCAAUCGAUAUAAGUGCCGUACAACCGUUUCUCGAGAGUGAUCGAACCACAUGUUGUUUUUGUUCCCAAAAAUCUAAUGGUAAUAUUUCCAAUUAUAUCAUGGGUUUAUGUGUUCAAUGUACGAAUGCACAAUGUAUGGAAUAUUUUCACAUUACUUGUGCUCAUCGUGAGGGCGUCCUAUUUGAGCUAAACGAUAAUCUCACAUCUUUUCGAUUGAUGUGCAAAAAAUGUCAGAUGAAUAAAUUUUAUCGAAAUCCAUCCAAUCAUCUCCAACAUCAACAUAAUGAUCGCCGUGAAGAAAACAUUGAAUUAAAUAUGAUGGUCAUUGCUCGAUAUUCACCGAAUUGUUAUUCAUAUGCUCGAAUUGUCGAAUGUUUUGAUGAGAUGAUGCAUCAUGUUCAAUUCGUAGACAAUACAUUUGUUAACAAUAUUCAUUCUGCUGACAUUUUGAAUCGUGAUUGUGCAAAAGAUCGUCCAAUGAUUGGCGAUCCUGUCGAAGUGAUCUGGAACAAGGAACAAUUACAUGGCAAAUAUGCCGGUUGUCAUGUAACGAAAAUGUAUCGAAUCGAAUUCAAUAAUGGUCUACAAACAUCAUUUAAACGGGAAGAUUUUUUUAGGCUUAAUGAUGAUAUACCGAAACGUGUUCAGGUUAGAAUCACUGACAAUCUUGAUUAACCAAAAUUGCCGAAUUUGAAAAGAAACUUGUCAAUUCUACUAGCUAAGAUAAUUAACUACACACACACACCAAAUUUGUCUAUCGACCUUUUUUUCGAAUUCAUUUUUUCAGUGAAUAUCAUCAUAAUCU